AUGAUGUCUGGAUACUCCCCAGACAGCGACCUUAUGCCAAGAAACGAAAGUGCGGAGAUUUCGCCGUUGAACGCAAGCGUAAUAAAAACCUUUGACAGUGCGUACGGUAACGCAGAAAAAGGUGCGGAAAGUUCGGACGCAUUAGUGGAAAGUGCGAAAACGGACGUCACCACGGACCCAACUCUCCUCAGUGCCGACUUAGUGCUAAAAAAUCUAGAUAGUGCAAUUAACAACAUACCUGUGAGCACCGGUGCUACUAAUAAAGAUAGUGCUGCCACUAAAAAAGUCAGUAAAGUGCCAGACAAAAAAUUCGUGUCGGCCUAUAACACCCUCGCGCUACCGAGUACAGUCACCGCAAGGAUUCUCAACUUCGGGAUUGACCCCCCAACUUUCAGCGAAGAUGAAAGAAUAAAACAAUUCUGCUUUGUACACGACUCACUACUACCCAAACGGAAAAACGUAUCUCCAGUCAGCCAGGAGAAACAGAAUGUGACAAAACAGAAUACUGACAAAAAGACGGAAAAAAGUCAAACUAAAUCUAGAGAUUCCAUCCCCCCCAUUGUGAUAGACGGCAACACGGAUAAUUACUCCAAUCUGGCUAAAGACUUGAAAGAAAUAAUAAAAGGUAAAUAUUCUAUCAAAUAUACGAAUGCCACGACCGUAAUAUUCACUGAAACCGAUGACGAUUAUCAAAAACUAUUGAACAGCAUCAAAGAGGCCGAUAUUCCACACCACACCUAUACCAGCAAAGCGGACAAAACCCACGCUUUUGUACUCCGUGGAAUGGGUAAGGGAGUGGAAAAAUACGAUAUCGUAGAGGAUUUACAUGAAACUUACGAAGUUAAGGAAAUUUUCCUCAUGUCAACCAAAUUCAGACCAUUUUACCUAGUAGUGACGGACCCUGCCAUCACCCUAGAAUACCUUAAUAAAAAUGUUAGGGUGAAAGAAAAUACUCGUGUCACCUGGGAAAUGAGAAAAACCGUAAAACCCAUAAUACAAUGCCACAGGUCCCAAGCCUGGGGUCUCGUUACAGCUAACUGUGGACGCCCUCCUAGGUGCCUGAAGUGCGCAGGGGACCACCUGACCAACACCUGUAGCAAAACCCGGGAAACACCCGCUACAUGUGCUAACUGCCACGGAAACCACCCAGCCAACUAUACUAAAUGCGAGGCAUACCUUGAAAGAGCCUCGAAAUUGGAAGAACGAAGAACGGUGCAAAAACCAGCCCAGAAAAAAUAUAUCUCUGCUCCUCCACCCACCAGAGUAGCCUGA